GACGGCCUACCCAUUCCAGCCGCCGAAGUUCGAUGGGUCUGCGCGCUUUGUUGGCUUCCCGGUCAACUGGGACGAGGUUGAGGUCGGCUGGUGGAUUUUCCUCAUUCCGGCCAGCACUCAAGAUGGCCGACGCAUGAAGGGCAGGGUCACGCAGAAGACCGGCCAGGAGCUGAAGGUUUGGUUCAGAGAAGACGGAAGCGAGGACGGAGAGGAGCGGCCGGAAAGGCCGGAGGAGUCGGUCGACAGAGAAUGGUGGAACUGUCACGACCUGGUGCUGGGGUGCUGUGCAGAGGCCCUUGUUCACCAUCCACUACUGAACGCUGGAGGCGGCGCCUGCGCUUGCGGCAUCCGGGAUAUUUGGAGUCCGAGCAGGUCGUUCACGCACUGUUUGGCGUUUAUGCGCGUCGCCGUGGAGGACGCUCAAGCAGGCCAGAAGCCUGUGCCGCGAGACGGGACAGAAGAGAUGUGCUUCUGCGGCCACGACGCCGAUAUCACUCUGGAAUACGAGCGCGAUCCGACGGCCUGGCUUUCCAAGGCGCGCCGUCUCUUUUUCCAUGACCGUGGCGUCGCCCCUCUUUGCGUUGCUGCUGAUGGCUUGGAGGGCGACUUGCUUCGGAUCGUUUGCUCCAACCUCGCGGGGGAG